GGCUGGCUCCACGCACUGACUCCAUUUGUGUCCAAAGGUUGGAAUCUAACAAGCUUUCACAGCAACAUUGCUACAAAGGAGACACGUUCUUUCGCUGAGCGCUCUGAGACCGUGGAAGUAAACAACUGUGGACGAAAAUGGAUGCGACAGGCAAGGACAUGACGUCAUCAGAUGCCGGUGGCAAAACUGAGACAAAGUCAAAGCGGCUAUCUGAGAAAGGAAGCUGUUGUCUGCUGGCCGACAAAUUCCCGGCUCGGUACAUCUUGUCAGUCCUGUUUUUCAUUGGACACAUCUGCCUGAUGGUAACCAGGAACGGAUUCUCUGUAGCCGUUGUUGUCAUGGUGAACAGUUCAUCAAAAGUGACACCUGCCAAUCAAAAUGUCACCUACCAGCUCUGUCAGAGCAGCGGGUCAGGAAAUGCGUCCGCUCAGAACGAUCAAGGGGAACUGGACUGGAGUGAAAGCAUAAAGGGAGUUCUUCUUGGUGCCUACUUUUACGGCUAUAUAUUCACACAGGUGGCAGGUGGCCUGUUGGAACAGAGGUUGGGCGGCAAGAUUGUGUACGGGACGGGCAUGUUGUUUUUAGCGGUCCUGAACGUUCUCAGUCCCGUAGCCUCACGAACUAGUCCUUGGGCGAUGUUUGCGGUCAGAUUCUGCAUGGGACUGGUGUCGGGAGUUCUGUUCCCCACUUUGUUCGGAAUCUGGGGCCGAUGGGCUCCUCCUACCGACAGGACAACACUUCUGGCAAUUUGCUACUUAGGGAUACCUCUUGGUAACAUCAUCAACUACCCACUGGCGUCCUUCCUAGCUGACGAGUUGGGCUGGGAGUAUAUCUUCUAUAUUCCUGGUGCUUUCGUAGCAGCCUGGCUGGUGGCAUGGCUUCUCCUGGCUUACGACUCACCUGCGAAACAUCCACGGAUCCUGGAGAAAGAACAGAAGUACAUCGAAGAGGGUAUCGGGACAAAGGGACGACAGAAACCGACAGUUCCUUGGCUGAAAAUACUCACAUCGCCUCCAGUUUGGGCACUCGUCAUUGGUCAGUUCAGUUCGAACUGGGGGGUCUUCUUUCUGGCCACCCAACUGCCGAACUACAUGAAGAAUGUGUUGGGCUUCAACAUCAGAACGAACGGCUUGCUGUCUGCUCUUCCUUUCGCCCUUAACAUGGUCUCCACGAUGGCGUCAGGUGCAGCAGCUGACCGCUUGAUUCAAGGCGGGAAAAUCCCCAAGGUGUGGAUAAGAAGGGGAUUCGUCAUCAUAGGGUUUGCUGGUAUGGUUAUCUGCGGAGUGAUCCUGGCGAACCUGAGUGGAUGUGACCCGGUCGCUGCUGUCUCCCUGCUGUGUCUUACCCAGGGUUUCAACGGGCUGACAGUGGCUGGUGUUCGCGCCGUCCAUGUUGAGUUCGCGCCCAGGUUCAGCGGUGUGACCUACGGACUGGCCAACAUGGCAGGAACGCUGUCUGGCAUCUUCGCCCCUCUGCUGGUCGGAUUUCUCACAGAUAAUUAUCCAACACCUACUGCCUGGUCCACAAUCUUCUACGUCGGAUCGGCUCUUCAGGGUGUGGGAGGGAUUGUCACCGCGGUGUUCAUGCGCACUGACGUCCAGCCUUGGGCCCGAGUUGAGGGGGACGUAGAACUUAACAUCGAGGAUAAGAAUGUCAAGCUGGCCGGCUCGAAGGACCUGGUCAUCGCGAAUGAACAUGCUGAGGUGCCGACGAUGGAUGUGGAGAUGCCGAAACUGUGGAAAAUGGGUACGACGGGAAAGGACUUGCCGUCAUCGGAUGCUGGUGGCAAAUCCGUGACAAAGUCAGAGCGGGACUCUAAGAAAGGAAGCUGUUGUCUGCUGGCCGACAAAAUCCCGGCUCGGUACGUCUUGGCAGCCUUGUUUUUCGUUGGCCACAUCUCAAUGAUGAUCUCCAGGGGCGGAUUCGCUUUAGCUGUUGUGGUCAUGGUGAACAGUUCAUCAAGAGUGACACCUGCCAAUCAAUCUGACACGUACCAGCUCUGUCCGAGCAGUGGGUCAGGAAAUACAUCCGCUCAGAACGAUCAAGGGGAACUGGACUGGAGUGAGAGCCUGAAGGGAGUCAUACUUGGCGCCUUCUUUUAUGGCUACAUCUUCACACAGGUUGUAGGUGGUGUGUUGGAGCGGAAGUUUGGCGGAAAGAUUGUGUACGGGACGAGCACUUUGGUUGGAGCAGUCCUGAACGUCCUUAGUCCCGUAGCCUCACGGACGAGUCCCUGGGCCAUCUUUGCGGUCAGAUUCUUCAUGGGGUUGGUGGCGGGAGUUAAGUUCCCCUCCCUGUACGGAAUCUGGGGUCGAUGGGCUCCUCCUACCGAAAGGACAAGACUUCUGGCAAUUUGCUACAUAGGGUUACCCCUUGGUAGCAUCAUCAACUAUCCACUGGCGUCCUUCCUAGCUGUCGAGUUGGGCUGGGAGUAUAUCUUCUAUAUUCCUGGAGCUUUCGUAGCAGCCUGGCUGGUGGCAUGGAUUCUUCUGGCUUACGACUCACCUGCGAAACAUCCACGGAUCCUGGAGGAAGAACAGAAGUACAUAGAAGAGGGUAUUGGGACAAAUAGACGACAGAAACCAAAAGUUCCUUGGCUGAAAAUUCUCACAUCGCCUCCAGUUUGGGCACUCGUCAUUGGACAGUUCAGUUCGAACUGGGGAGUCUUCUUUCUGUCCACCCAACUGCCGAACUACAUGCAGAAUGUGUUGGGAUUCAACAUCCAAACCAACGGCUUGCUGUCUGCUCUUCCUUUCGCCCUUUCCAUGGUGACCAUGAUGGCGUCAAGUGCUGCAGCUGACCGCUUGAUUCAAGGCGGGAAAAUUCCCAAGGUGUGGAUAAGAAGGGGAUUCGUUAUCACAGGGUUUACUGGCAUGGCGAUCUGCGGAUUGAUCCUGGCGAACCUGACUGGAUGUAACCCGGCCGCCGCUGUCUCCCUGCUGUGUCUUACACAGGGUUUCAACGGCCUGAUGGUGGCGGGAUUCCGUGCCGUCCAUGUUGAGUUCGCGCCCAGGUUCAGCGGAGUGACCUUCGCUCUGGCCAACAUGGGAGGAACGCUGUCUGGCAUCUUCGCCCCACUGUUGGUCGGAUUGAUCACAGAUAAUUAUCCAACCCCUGCUGCCUGGUCCACAAUCUUCUACAUAGGAGCGGCUAUUCAGGGUGUGGGAGGGAUUUUCACCGCGGUGUUCAUGCGCACUGAAGUCCAGCCUUGGUCUCGGGGAAAGGGCGACAAAGACUCUUUUGAUAAGAAUGUCGAGCUGGCCGGCUCGAAGGACCUUGUAAUCGCUAAUGAACAUGCCGAGAUGCCGACGAAGGAUGUGGAGAUGCCUAACACGAAAUUAUGAGAAGUCUUACCGUGAUUCUGCAAAUGACGAAGAAUUGUGUUGGGUAAAAUUAGGACUAGCUCGUGAUUUUAUGUGCUAUAAACACCAAUGCCAUCCACUAUUACAAAAUACUUAACAUUACGAUUCUAACAAUGAUAUACGACUGCGACGCAGAAAUAAAGACAUCGUCCUCAAGAUUAAA